AUGGCUGAUACAGCUAGGGUGGAGGCUAUCACGAAGCAGUUGCAACAAGAGUACCCCUUUUUGGUGAAUACCCCUGUAUACGAUUUUGACAUAUUGAAAGGUAGGUAUGAUGGAGAUUCUUACGGAAAGGUAUGUGAUGAUAUUACAGCCGGGAGUUACGCAAUUAAUUACAACAAGACUCAAUGUAUCAAAUUUUUUAGCAACCUGGAUGCUAUGUUACUAAAAGGGGCUCUUGGUGAUAACAAUGUUUUUAUGAAAAAUAUAACAGAAUGGUUUUCUGCCGAAAAACGGAAUUUUGAAAAUGUCCCUCAAUUUAUGCUAUCUUUUAAUAAAAACUUUGAGGAAAAUAUUAGAAAAACUGUAGUGGAAAAUUUCGCAAAAUUUACUAAAUUAGAUUGGAAUCAGAGAGAAUUGGAAGAUAUUUUGAAAUUAUAUUAUUUUAAAGUUAAUGCUGAAAAAAUAAAAAGUAUUUUGCUGGGAGAUAUUAGCACUAAAGAGUAUGGAAAGAUGUGCAAGUUUGUAAAUGAGUGUCUUGACAUAUACAGAAAGUACAAAAACACGAGGUGCACCGAUAAACUUCUUAACGCCAAUAGUGGUAGUACCAUAUGCUAUGAAUUAGAACCGUUUGCUGAAACGUACGAAAAAGAGUUGUAUAAUGCUUCAGUACCUAGACACAAAGGUGUUGUUUCCUUGAAAAACGACCCAGUAAACGCUCGAGUUUACUGUUCAGUAUAUGAAGCACAAUAUGGAUACAAUCCGCUUGGUGUGUUCUUUAAAAAUAAACUUUCAACCUUGAGUGGCAAUGGAAAACUGAUGGUGGCUGGGUUAAGCAUAACGGCUGGUAUGGUUCUUUUUUACUUCUGCGCAAGGUUAGUAGAGCUUUUUUACAUGUACAAAGCGGAGUGGUGCUCCGUCUCUAUUUGUCAUGUAAAUUCCCCUGUAUAUUGCUACUUUAACCCCGUAUUGUUACAACACUGA